AUGAAGCGGAAUUCUUUCCCCAUUGAAGCCCUAGCUCCUUGGGCGCGGCUGAAUGGGGUCUCAACCCACGAGGUCGCUUUCCGGAAGCUGCAGGCAGAAGAUGGAACGGACAAGGGCGGAGCAAUUGUCGCGACGGGAGACAUACUUCCAAGUGAAUCGGGAAACGAGGUGUCUUUGGAAGCUCAAGUUCUUCUCAAAGUGCCAUCAGAUAUGAUCCUUUCAUAUGAAAUGGUCGAGAAUCAUGCAAAGUCCGAUCGGUAUCUUCGCGACGUACUGGAUGUGCUUGGGGAUUUCGGAAAGACAGCUAGAGGUGCCAUCUUAACCUUUUUGCUCAUCCAAGUUACGCACUCCUGCCCUGAAUUUUCAGAUGAGCGACAUAAAAUCGGGGUAUCGAAUCCUUGGACUGAAUAUGUAAAUUUUCUGCCUUCAGAAAUACCAUUGCCUACGUUCUGGACAAUGGAAGAGCUUGAGCUGCUACGAGGAACGUCCUUGAGACUGGCCUACGAAGCGAAGAUACUUUCCUUAGAGACGGAAUUCGAUCAUCUUCGCCAGUCCACAGCCGAGAUUUUGUGGUGCCAGGAGCACUGGUGGGAUGAAGAUACUGGAAAGCUUACUUUCGAUGACUGGAAAUACUUGGAUGCAGCAUUCCGAUCACGAUCGGUAGACCUACCUGGACGUGGACACUCAAUGGUUCCAUGUAUUGAUAUGGCAAACCAUGCAUCAGAAAGCAUGGUGAAUGCUCUGUACGAGAAAGAUAUCCACGAUAAUGCUAUCCUUCAGCUACGUCCGGGAAAGGGGCUGCACUCAGGCGAUGAAGUCACAAUUUCAUACGGCGCCGAUAAGGCAGCAUCUGAGAUGGUGUUCUCGUAUGGGUUCCUCGACCAAGAGAGAACCGAUGCGAAACAGUUGUUUCUCGACCUAGAUAUACCCGAAGAUGAUCCAUUGAAGAGGGCGAAGAAAGCAUUUUGCAACGAGGCCCCAGGGGUUCGUAUUAUCUCAAACUUCGUGGGUUCUGGAGAGACAAAAGCCACAUGGGAAAGUCCAAUUAUCUGGUGGGCUUGUGUGAAUGAGGAAGACGGACUUGAGUUUACGUUGCUGCAAACUAACGAUGGCGGCAAUGAGGUCAAGGUUACCUGGAAAGAAGAGGAGCUAACUAGCCCAAACCAUCUUAAAGAUUUCCUAACAGCAGACCCUUCAUGGGAUAUUUUUCAACUACGUGCGGUCGUGCUCAUUCUCGAGCGACUUGAAACUCAAUUUUUCGUUCUUCAGACGACGGAGAGGAUGGUAUCUGAUAUCCGCGAGGACGAAGAUAUGCGUGCUAUCUUCCGACCCGAUGUGUUCAACGCCGUCACAAAGCUGAGGGAACUGGAAGGCCGGCUACUAGAGAUGGCAAUCAAGGACCUAGAGAACCAGAGACAGGAGUUGAUGAUGUCGGAAGCGGUCCGCACUUACCUUACUCAACAGCAGUCUACAGACAUCGAGGAGGACUUCUCUUGA